CUUUAAGAAAGCCUUUGACAAAAGAACAUAUUGAAAUCAUUCUCAUGGCUGGACCAACCGAGAAGUGGAGAUCCAUGAACAUCCACUGAUGAAGGCACAACCGGCGUGGUGCCUGUAGACAUAGUCCCCUAUGUAUGGAUACAAAGAGCCCACAUAAUUCAGCCCAUAUGUUCUCUCACUCACACACACACACACGCACACACACACACACACACACACAGAGUUUGCUUAGACAUUCAAGAAAAGGACAUAUAAGCAUAUUUAUGUAUACUCAGUGCUUAAGUGUGUUUAAAAUCUGUCUUUGACACACAGAAAUACUCUGUGUGUUUUGCAAGAGGUUAUGCAGUUUGGCUGCACAAGAGGCAUGGUAUAUGCAGAGGAGUUGAUCUUCUCAUUGUUGAGUUACAACAAUCCCAAUACACUCACUCAUAUGUGCUCUGAAAUAAACAACCCAAAAUUUCUUCAUUUAGAGAACACACUUAUUGCAGCAAUUUCUAAAAUUUAAAAUUAUAAAAAUCAACUGUACACCAUUAUUUUAAUGGUCUCUCUGCAGAAUCUCAAUAUCUUUGUCCUUUCACCAUCGCUGCAUGUGUAUGUGUCUUAAUGAUUAGCACUAUGGCAUAGGUUAUGCUAUAUGUGUACAGGAGGUAGGCUGUGGAAGACAAAUAAUGAAAUUGUCGUGUUUGUGUGAGAGAGAGAGGGAGCUCGAGAGAACAUUUUAUGUACAUGUGUGGCUCUUUGAUUAGAGACGUGUAUGCGUAUGUUUAAUGCUGCAAUAUGACUUUGGGUGGGGAUUGAAAGCGAGAGCAGACACACACAGAGGACACAGUCUCCUCUUUCUCUCCUUUCCUGUCAUGACACCCAAAGCAAUGCAAGAUAGAAUGAAAAUGAGGAAACCAAUCUAUGUUCUGUACUUUAUCUCUUGCUUCUCUACUCAUCUGUUUUAUUUAGUAGUGAUCUACCCUUGUGUGUUUCACUAAUAGCCAGAAAACAGAACAAAGGCAGGGGAUUUUUAUGUACACAAAAGGAAAGAGAAAAGCUUUUUACAAGAAGAAAGAAUGAGAAUAUAUUUGAAUAGCAAACUGACCUGGGCACACUAUUCAAUGAAGAGUAGUGAAGUCACUGAGUAUUUGAUUUUGCUCAAAACAUUUAUGUUGAGUGUUGGAUCUCUUCACAAUGUUAGUUUGAAUGGUGUGUUUUCAGAAGGCUUGUUAAGAAUACAGUUAUGAUGGAAUCAACAUUUCUAAGGCCACAGUCUGUUGAAUUUUGUUUACAAUUCAGAUUAGUUCAAGUAGCUUUAUUGUCAUUUCAAACAUAUACAGCUGGUACAGUACACAGUGAAAUAAAACAACAUUCCUCCAGGACCAUGGUGCUACAUAAAACACACUAAACACAUGAGACGACACAGAACUAACUAAGAUCUACACAUUUCUACAUAAAGUGCACAUGCAAACGUGUGCUAAAAACACAAGACAGAACAGUACUACUAAAACAGGACAAUAGGCAUAGUAAGUGACAGUGUAGCACUGAUCAGUACACAGUUAUAAUGUAGAAGUGUCCGAUGUAAUAGGUAGUGCAGAAAAUAGGUGCCAAAGAGUAACAAUAUAAUUUAAAAAUGGUAUAAAUGUGAACAUAACAUGCUAUGACUUAGUCUUCCGCAAAUUAGCGUAUACCAAAUAUGGACAUAGCAAUUAUUGUGGUAAAGUGUAUAACAGUGACAAUAAAAUAAAUACUAUAUUUUUUAUAAAUACAGUAGCAGCAAAAAUGCAACAGAGUCAAUACAGGGAUGUGCAAAUAUUGCAAUAGGAGUGGGAUGGUGUUCAGAGAGAGAGAGAGAGAGUGUGUGUGUGUGUGUGUGUGUGUGUGUGUGUGUGUGUGUGUGUGUGUGUGUGUGUGUGUGCGUGUGCGCGCGUGCGUGCGCGCAUGUGUGUCUGUCCAGUCUCUGAGUAUUGAGGAGUCUGAUGGCUUGGGGGAAGAAGCUGUUACACAAUCUGGCCAUGAGGGCCCAAAUGCUUCGGUGUGGGGGGUCAUCCACAAUGCUGGUGGCUUUGCCGAUGCAGCGUGUGAUGUAAAUGUCUAUGAUUGAGGGAAGAGAGACCCCAAUGAUCUACUCAGCUGUCCUCACUAUCCGCUGAAGCCAUCGAUGUUCAACGGAGAGUGGUUGCUCCGUGCUCUCCUGAAGUCAAUAACCAUCUAUUGUUUUGUCCACAUUCAGAGACAGGUUGUUGGCACUGCACCUGUCCAUUAAUCGCUGCACCUCAUCUCUGUAUGCUGACUCAUCAUUCUUGCUGAUGAGACCCACCACGGUCGUAUCAUCACCCAACUUGUGGUGUGAUUGGAGCCAUGCAUUGCCGCAUAGUCGUGAGUCAGCAAAGUGAACAGCAGUGGACUGAGCGCACAGCCCUGGGGGCGCCACUGCUAAGCGUGGUGGUGCUGGAGAUGUUGUUCCCGAUCCGGACUGAUUGAGGUCUCCCAGUCAAGAAGUCCAGGAUCCAGUUGCAGAUGGAGGUGUUCAGGCCCAGUAGGUUAAGCUUUCCAAUCAUGUGCUGAGGAGUGAUUGUGUUGAAUGCUGAACUGAAGUCUAUGAACAGCAUUCGAACAUAGGUGUCCUUUUUGUCCAGGUGGGUGAGGGCCAGAUGUAGGGUGGUGGCGAUGGCAUCAUCUGUUGAGCGGUUAGUGCGAUACGCAAACUGCAGCGGGUCUGGUGAGUGGGUCUUGAGGUGCCUCAUGACGAGCCUCUCGAAACACUUCAUGAGGAAGGAUAUGAGUGCAACCGGACGGUAGUCAUUGAGGCAAGACACUAGAGACUUCUUCGGCACAGGGACGAUGGUGGUAGCCUUGAAGCACAUUGGAACGAUGGCGCUGCUCAGGGAGAUGUUGAAGAUGUCAGUGAAAACAUCUGCUAGCUGGUCUGCACAUCCUCUGAGCACUCUGCCAGGAAUGUUGUCUGGUCCAGCAGCCUGAGGGUUUUGUAGCCCGUCUUUUUACAGCACAUGGACAUGAGAGAAACCGGUGUUCAUAUUUACCAUUGCCAGACACUGCUAAAAUACAGAAAUCAUGCAACAACCAACCUGCAUGAUGAUCUCCUGGAGAAGCUACGUGAUCUCGGCUUGCUGCGGAGACCAGGCCUCCAGUCCUCGUCGUUGCCUGAUGCCAAUGGCCGGGGAGGGGAUGUCGAAAGCGGUGUGCGAGGAAGCGGAAGCGUGGGAAUAGGGCGGAGGUCCAUGCUAGGUUAAAAGCAAACGCUAACUGGCCGGCUCUCCCUUCCAUCCUGCUCUCCAACAUCUGCUCCCUGGACAAUAAACUGGAUUACAUCCGACUCCAGCAGGCAACGUGGCGUGAGUUUAGAGACUGCUGCGUCUUUGUUUUCACUGAGACGUGGCUCAGUGACCGUGUUCUGGAUGCUGCCCUUCAGCUAGACAGACUCGCCUCGUUUCAUGCCGACAGAAAUGCAGCUCUGUGCGGUAAGGCUCGCGGUGGUGGCUUGUGUGUUUACAUCAACAAGGAAUGUUGCAAGAACUCGGUGCUAGUUUCUAGUUACUGGUCAUGGCUGGUGGAGUUUGUGACUGUUAGAUGCAGACCAUUUUAUUUGCAGCAGGAAUUCACUACUAUUCUGUUAAUCGGAGUAUACAUUCCCCCCAGUGCUAAUGCUAAGGAGGCACUCUGUGAACUGUAUGGGGCUAUUAGAGAACUGCAGAACACACACCCGAUGGACUGUUUAUUAUCGCCGGAGAUUUCAACCAUGCAAAUCUCAAGUCAGUGCUCCCUAAAUUUCAUCAGCAUGUUGACUUUGCAACGAGGGGGGCAAACAUGCUGGAUCUUGUUUGCACAAAGAUCCCCGGCGUGUACAGGGCGGAGCCCCACCCCCACCUCGGCUACUCAGACCACAUCUCUGCUAUGCUAAUCCCAGCAUACAGACCGCUCGUCAGACACUCCAAACCGGUUUUGAAGCAGGUGAAAACCUGGCCAGCAGGAGCCAUCUCUGUUCUUCAAGACUGUUUUGAGCACACUGACUGGGACAUGUUCACAGAGGCUGCAACCGACAGCAACUCCACCAACUUGGCGGAAUACACGGCGUCAGUGACUAGCUACAUCAGCAAGUGCACUGAUGACGUCACCGUCUCCAAGACCAUCACCACACGCUCCAACCAGUAGCCGUGGAUGACUGCGGAGGUGCGAGCACUACUGAGGACUCGAGACUCCGCCUUCAGGGCAGGUGACAAAGCGGCCCUAAGAACAGUGAGGGCCAAACUGUCCCGGGCCAUCAGAGAGGCAAAGCGUGCACAUGCCCAGAAAAUCCAGUCACUUCACGGAUAGCAGUGACACAUGGUGCAUGUGGCAGGGCAUUCAGGCAAUCAGCAACUACAGGACAUCACCUGCCUGUGAUAGUGAUGCAUUCCUUCCAGAUGCGCUGAACAACUUCUACGCUUGGUUCGAGGCACAGAAUGACGUGGCAGCGAGGAAGACCACCCCACCUCCCAACGACCAGGUGCUGUGUCUAACCUGUGUCUAUCCUACAAAUGAGGGUGAAAUAUUAAAAUUACAAUAAAAAUACACACCUUUUGCAAAAUUUAUGUUGUUUGCAUUAACAUGGACAAAAUGAUUUUAAAAAAUCUUAAAAAUGAAAGCCAAAAAUGUCCAUAAGGACACACAAGGGUUAAAAGUAAUAUCAUGAUGAAUAGAACAUGAAUGAAAACUGGCAGGUAAUUUUGCUUCCAUGUUAUUUCUGUCAAGCAUUUUUUUUCUUUUUUUUGAAUAUCAAACUAUUUUUAAGUUAUUUUUGUAAGGUACAGCCUCACCUAGGUUGACCUUGAGUGCCUCUGUUUUCAUAAUGAGACACAAACCUUAUAAAGCAUUCCUGCCAAUGGUGAGUGCUUCAGUAAUAUGAGUUUUAUAUACAUAACUGCUGCAAGUCUGGGAUGAACAUUAGGAGUGUUUCUUUAAUUAGGCUUUAAAGCUGCAGUACUGAACUUUUUCCUCUCUAUCGCAUCUCUGUUUGAAACAUAAAACUGCAUGUUUCUUGCAGAGUUGAUAUAUUAUUAUUUUUUUUUUAUAAACGUGGGUUGUGCUUCGGCACUGUUUGUCUACGCAGAGGAAUCUGAUGGUUUGAGGUAUUUGUACAAUGGAGGUGGUGGCGGAUAUGGUUUUCUUGGAGAAGUCGUGAAUUGCUCUUUCUCAUAGCUAACAGAAAAUAAGUAAAAUUUUCCACAUAACCCAAAAACAUAGGAAUGGUCUGCACUUGGAAACUUGUUACCUAACUGAAUCAAGCAAACAAGUGUGCUAAUGUUAGAUAGCUACCUAGUGAGCCACUGAAAUGCCUUACCUGUUCAGCAGAAAAAAAGCCAUCUCUGUGUCAGUCUUCAAUUCCUUCAAAUCUCCGAGUUCGCCACCUCUCAACAGCCAUGCCGAUAUUUAUUCUUAUUUUAGCAUGGCUCUGUCGCUUUCCCUUUUUGACUGCAGGUUCUCCACAGUUUGAGGCUUCUUGGUUUUGACAACAGCUGAUUGCCCAAGUAUCAAUGAUGAUUGUGUUUAUCCAGAUUAAAAGCAGCUAUCUACAUGGCAAGUUUAAAUACUAAGCAACUCUUGAAGGACAACCUGCAAACACUCCACCAUCCUCAGCACACACACACACGUGAUAUAGUAGCCAGCUCUUCUUUCGAUUUACAGAUGUAACGUAACCACGCAAAGGUGGUGGUGACGUCAAAGGCCAUGCAAAUGUUAUCAAACUGGAUUUCCAGUGGAAUCCGACCGGAUAGCUCAAAUUGUAAAUCAUUAUUAUAAGCAUACCAUUGCAAAUUGGGGUAAGGUAAGCAGACAGUUUUGAACACUGAUUUGUUUUACAUAAUUGCUCAAUAAUUCAUCCAUCCAUCCAUCUAUCCAUCUUCUAUACCGCUUAUCCUUUUCAGGGUCACGGGGAACCUGGGGCCUAUCCCAGGGAGCAUCGGGCACAAGGCGGGGUACACCCUGGACAGGGUGCCAAAUCCAUCACACAGGGCACAAUCACAUACACACUCACACACCCAUUCAUACACUACGGACACUUUUAGACAUGCCACUCAGCCCACCAUGGACUGGGGAGGAAACCGGAGUACCCGGAGGAAACCCCCACAGCACGGGGAGAACAUGCAAACUCGGCUAACCACUAAGCCACAGUGCGCCCUCAAUAAUUGAUUUGUGUUCAUUUUUAACCAAAUAGACCCUCACAUCCACAACCUGGCUUGUUGCCUGGGAUGAAGGAUUGGAGCUGCUGAUUAGACUCUUGGGCAGCAAAUACAUUAGACUAGUAGGACCUAAACCUAAGGGGUGUUAAUUUCAAUUCCACUGUUGCCCCUGUAGUAAAUAUAAUGUUUGAAUAUCUGUAAUGAUAUUCCGUGGAUCUCUGACGAGUGCCUGGCGCUGGUGCACAAACUGAAGUGAGUCAAGCAUGUUAACUUUGAGCAAUACUGACUGCUGAACAGAAAAGUUUGACAGAAGGUGAAGGCCGAAUGAGAAGCCUAUUGGAAUGAGGUGGCAGCCGACCUCGAGGAAGCAGCAUCCAGGCAUGAGUAUUGACCCCUGUACCAAACCCUCAAGCAGAAGAAGCAAGUCGAUAAAUAACAUCAAGAAACUGAUGGAACCUUUGAAGGCUCACCCAGCAAUUGCCUGCAGUGGUGGAAGGAAUACUUCCAAGAGCUACUCCAACCAUGAUCCAGCUCAAGGACAGCCAACAGAGCCACUGCUCAUCAAUCGACCUGAGAAUCCAUUCCUCAACAGCAAACCAACUGUUCUACGAUAUGAUCACUGAAGAAUAGAAAGGCUCCUGUAAUGGAUCAAGUCACCACUGAAUAUCUUAACUCUAUUGGUUGUACAGAACACCUCUAGUGUUCAAACCGUGCAAUUGCAUUAGAUGCAUAAUCAAUAGAAUGCUCAUAUAGCCAUUUCCACUGUGCACAUCGUCACAUUUGUACAUUGCGAUGCAUCAUGUCAAGAUAAUUGUAAAGCUACAGUCCAUGGGUUUUUUGUUUUAAAAAAAUUAUAGCUGUAGGUCAGCCAAUUUAUCCUUGUUGUAGAGUUUGUAUCAGAACCCAGUUGUGAUGAGAUCAUGAUAGCCAGAUAGUGACUAAUGUAAGGUAUUAAGUUUUCCCAUAUUUUUAUAUUUCAGACUCCGUUAUAACAGGCAAAAUAGUGAUUUGAGGCCCCGGUCACCUGAUCUUUUUUUUGUAGUUCCUAUUGGAAUGUGUUUUAAAGCAUCCUGAAUUUAAUUAAGUCAGCUACAUUCUGCACUGUUAUUAUGAAUGCUUGUAAACAGCUCUUUAAACAAAGUGUCUGAAUUGAGGUUGGAAUUCAUCUUCAGUCUGUGCGUUUACAUGGACAACAAUAAUCCACUAUUAACCCGAUUAAGACAAUACUGUGAUUAAGAAACUACCAUGUAAACAUUUAUUACCUUAAUCUGAUUAAGGUCAUACUCAAAGUAAACACUAAUCGAAUUAAGACAUGUGGAGUACUCCUGUUUUAUUCUCAUUAUGGACGUGUAUUACAGACAUGUAAACACCUUAAUCACAUUAUUAACGUCGUGUGAGAGUUUUCACCUUGUUUUGCGACAGGACACGAUCACACACGGCAGUGCUCAACAUUUUACAGCGAACAAGAGAGCACAGCCGCAUCUCAAACCGCAUCCUUGCCUACUAUAGGCCUGUAGUAGAGAAAAUUACCUAUGUAUCUUGGCUACUAUAUAGAUGGUAAGUACGCGGUUUGGGAUGCGGCCCAUGGCUUCAAGGAGUCGUCUAUUUGCACAUACAGCAUGACAAAUAAUUAACUGCACUUAAAGCGUUCGUAAAAAAAAAAAUUCAAUAAAAACACCCAAAACUGUAUAGGGUAACAGAGCAAAGACGAACUGUAUGUUGAUACGUGAAAUUCUGAAGGGGACAGCGGACGGCGUGGCGCGGUGAUGUAAUGACGUGUGCCGUUAAUCUAAUUAUGUUCUAUAACAUGUAAAAUGGGUACGUGAACGUAGUAUUCUAAAAGCGACUCAUGUAAACACCUUAAUCACACUAUUAUCUUACUCAGUAUAAGAUCAAUAAUUAGAUUACUGCUGUCCAUGUAAAUGUAGUCAGUGGUGGUAUGUAUCGCUAGGUCACAGUCAUAAAACUAAAUUCAUUAAGUUUCUGAAACAUGUCCAUGUCACAGCAUGUAAAUAGAUGUCUUUGAUUAAUUUAAUAGACCAUCUCUGAGACAAAAAGCCACAUUAUGACAAACAGUGAAAAUCAUAGUUGGUCCUUUUUACCAUGUUGCAGUAUUUAUGUGGGACCUUCUGUGUUAGUGCAGUAGAAUAGAGUUUUCAUGAAGCCAUCGUUUAUGGAAUAUUUGUGAUUCAUGUUAAAGUAUGCUAAAGGAACUACAUGUUAUUUUCAAGCAUUUUGUAAUAUUUCCAAGUUUCUAUGAAAUAUAUCUUAUGACUUUACUUUGAAAAUCAAGCCAUUUUAUUUUUUUAAAAAUACAUUGUUGUACAUGUCAAUUGAGUUUCUCCAACAGAUUUUCCUGGGGGCACUCUUACAUAAUACACUUAUGUCAUUAAUAUUCAUUAGUUGACUCAAAUUUGUUGUGACUGCUGUGGUGCAGAGUGGGCAUCUUUCUAAUCAAGAGGGUGUUUCAAAUAUAGCAAAAAACAUAAACAUUGAAACACUGAUGUAACAUUUUGUUUCAUAUUUAUGAAAAUUAAUAUGCAACAUAACCUGUUUCAUUUCACUGUCCCAUCACUGUGUAUAAAUGUUUCUUCAAUAUUUAAUAUUGAUUAGAAUUCAGUAUGGCUGGAAGUAAUUACUAUCUAAUACUACGGGUUACCAAGCAGCAGCUGCCCUAGGAAUAUUUAAUUAAAUUUUGUAUUUAAGCACAAACAGUCUUACAGUGUGUAUAUAUGUAACUGUUGUUCUAGGACUAGUUGAGUCUUUCUGUGUGCUUAUUUCCUUGCUGAGCACAAAUAAAGUUGACUGUGAACUUACAGGGGUAACCUACAAAAUCUCCUGGCCACGUUCCACCUCUAGGCAUUUAGAGAAGGGACACUAGAGGUUUAUUAAACCCAGUCCUACGUGCUCCCGCAGACACGCCUGACCAACCCUGCUUGAUCCCAUGAAAGGUUAGACUAAUCCCCCUCACUGUUAUUUUCUGUGUGCUGGGGCAGGGACAUCACUCCAAAAGACACCAACAGACAACAAAGUCAUUGAGAGCUAGAUCAGUCAGGGGUUCCAGACUAGACACAGUGGAGAUUAUGGUUGAGAGGAGGAUUUUGUCCAGGCUCACUGUGAACAUGAGGAAUCACUUGCACCAGCUCCAUCCAACAAUCACUGCACAGAGUAAAAAAAAAACAACCUGUAAACUAUAAAUGAUAUUCUGCAGAUUAUGGGCUCUGCAGCCACUUAUCAGCAUUCAGUUGCAGAGGGACAUAGUAUGAAACCAUUUGUGUGGUUUGGGCUGGCAGCGGGUAGCACUAACAUAACUUGUGCUGUAUCCUGCAGAAUUCCAUCCAUUGUCUGUUGUGGUGCCUGAUCACCCAGUGAAAUACCGCAUUUAACAAAAUAUUCGCACUUCAUCUGAAACGGUUUAGGUAUUUGAUCAGUGUCACUUUGGAUGAAAGUGUCAUCCAAAUGAGCAAUUCUAAACGAGUUGUUUCUGGUCUAUUUUUAUUAGUGGGCUGAGAAGCUGGGCCUUCUGCCCUUUUCUCUUCCUGCUACAACACAAUACAGGAGUUUAACAUUUGCCUUUUGUAAUGGACACCUACAAAUAUCAUUUUUAAGUAACGAUUCAUAAUGACUAGGGCUGCAACAACUAAUCGAUAAAAUUGCUCAUAAUCGAUUAUGAAAAUCAUUGGCAACGAAUGUCAUUAUUGAUUAGUUGGUCUGGUGACGUCAUGGGGGCGUUUACGUGUGACAUCUUUUUCAUGAAAACACAGGCGCAAACACGUGCAAAAUGGCAGAGAAAACCGAUAACCCGGCGGCAAAAAAAAGUGUGCGUCCCAAGUCAUCUAAGGCAUGGGAGCAUUUUACAUUAAAUGCAGCAAUGAAGAUGGUAACUUGCAUGUUAUUCAAAGCUGAGCUUGUGUGGCACGGGAGUACCACAGUGAUGCACGAGCACAUGAAACGAAAACAAGUUGGUAUCACGGAUGAAGGUGAAACAACAGCACGAAAGAAACAGUUCUCCAUGAGUGAAUUUGUUCAGAGGAGAAAUCCCCCAUGCACUCCUCAACAAUCAGCCACCAGCUCCCACUUGGCGAUGAUCGACACUCUGAUGAUGGCAUAUACAGUGGAGAUGAUCAGUGUUGAGAGAGUGCUGACCUGUGUACAGAAAUACUCACCAUUCUUUCCAGAGGAAGACUUCCCUUAUGAUGCUGAAGAAGCUGUGACCACCUGGAUUAACAAGGUUAAUGAAUACUUGAGAGAGACCAUGGCUCAAGAGCAAAGAGUAGGAAACACACUUGAGGCCAAACCUGCAGUCCAAAAGUACAAGAAGGAGGACCCUAAAGCACAGCCUGCACUCUAUCUCCCACUAGUGGACACCCUGCUGAAGGACAACACAGAUGGCUGUGCUCUGGUAGCAUUGCUGCAUUUCUACUGCCCCAAUGCAGUGCAACUUGAAGAUAUCUGUGUGAAGGAGACGAUGUCUUUGGUCGACAGUCUGUACAACCUGCAGCUCAUCCAGGACUUCUGCAGAGAGAACCUGAAUAAUUGCUGUCACUUCACACUGGAGGACAUGCUUUAUGCCUCCACUUGUAUUAAGAGUAACUACCUUGUGUUUAUGGCAGAGCUGUUUUGGUGGUUUGAAGUGGUCAAACCCUCUUUUGUUCAGCCCCGGACGCUUGAAUCUAAAGUUGGGCCAACUAAAAUGGCUCCCAUAACCAAACACAACCUGAUCCACAGGCCACCCAGCGCAAACCAACCAAAGUCACCAAGCACAACCAACUCAGCCAUAAUAAAGAGGUCAAACUCUCUGUCAUAUGUGGAUGGGUGUGUGGGGACAUGGCCCAAAGAGAAAAGGUCUUCAGCCCAUGGUAUCUCGUUUGAGAUUCCAUUUGAUGACCCUGUGGGUUGUACAUCAGGUAAAGGGUUGAGUCGGUCUGCUAGCACGGAGGGCCUGGUGUUCAAUGCUUCCAACUUGGUACGGGGCAUGCGCUGGAACCUAUCUUUCCAACCCAUUAAUGGAAACACGCAUACACCGUUACAAGAAGAAGAAGAUGAUGUAACAUCACACCAUGGUCCUGUCAGGCCUCUUGUUAGAACUGACUCUAGGUAUUCAAAUGGGGUGCAUCCAGAUGUCACUAGUCCCCAGUCUCCGACUCCAACUAUGGAGGAGGCUCUGAAGAUCAUACACGACUCAGAGUGCUCUCCCAGCAGUCUCCGUAAAACUGUUGGUGAAAAUGCCUUCUUCCUGCACCCCCCUGAAGCCCACACUGCUGCUAACUCUGACCUGCAAGACCCUGAGGACCAUCUGUCUAAAGCCCGGGUUGAUGAUGGACAACUAAGUUCUACAUCUACAGAAAUGGAUACAGGAAUUCAUGUUCGCACAGAGGACAUCCAGGAUGGUCAGGAUGAAGACUCAUCUUUAAAGGACUACUCUGAUAUGGACCAAGACUAUGAAGCCCGUUCAUGCCCAUUACCUGAUACAGUUGGCAGUCUCAUCCCUGUGCCAAGUCUACAGGGUCAGCGUUCACUGGCUGCAAGCUCCAACUCCUCAAUUGGAUCCUCUUAUGCUGUGCGCAUGACAAGUUUUGCUGAGCAAAAGUUCCGCAAGGUCAACCAUGGGGAGGGGCGGAGUGGUGGAAAUACACCUGAAAGUGAUAUAAGCACCACAACUGCUACGGCAGUAGCAAGGUCUGUAACACCUGAUGCCCGAAGUCCCAGUCAGACCAGCUCACCCCGUGACCCAUCUAGCCUGUUAGUGUCUGAGAUGGUGCAGUUGAAGAUGAAGCUUGAGGAAAAGCGGCGAGCUAUUGAAACUCAAAAAAACAAAGUGGAAGCCGCUUUCACACGCCACCGACAAAGGAUGGGUCGCACUGCCUUUCUCAAUGUUGUUCGCCGCAAAGAAGCUAUCUCACCACUAGGGGGUGGUAGUGGAAGUUGCAGAACUCUAGAUGAGAAGCAAAAUGUACAACCACAACUACUGAAAACAAAGGAUAGCGACUCUCAAUUAGAGAGGUGCAAGCCCGAUGGAGCACCACUUAAAUUGACCCCAGAGGAUGGAGGGAGUGCAGAGGUGGUAGACUUGGCAGAGUACACACGCUCGAUCGAACACUUGAAUGCAUCACUGAGCUUCCUGCAGACAGAAAUGCAGCGCCUGGCACAGCAGCAAGAACACAUCAUGCAUCUACGUGAGCAGCAAGCCUGGGUGAUCUCACCUCCACACACUCAAAUGCAAACACAAAUUUCAUUACAGAAACACCUGUGUGAGCUGCGCAGCAGUAGUGUUGUGAGUCGUGGAUCUGUGGGGUCUCUUUCCCCAAACCUGUCCUCCACAGGGUCACCCCGUACCACACAACGCUCACCUGCCCCCAUAAAGAGAAAGUCUGCUUCAUUCCAUGCCAGAACAACCCGUACUCCACGCCAAAGUGAGCUGAAAUUCACCCCAUUUAGUCGUAUGUUAAACACCCCCCAGUCAGUGGACAGUCUACCUAGGCUGCGCAGGUUCUCCCCUCGACAAACACAAAGUAGUUCUUUUGCAUACUUAGGACAUGACAAGGGACCUACAGAUGAGAAUCACAUAAAUAAAGAGGAAGUAAAUGCACUAGCAGUGGGGUCUAUAGACAAGCAACCUGGAACAGAUGCAGAAAAGAGUUCUGGUGAUGCUCUGUCCAGCCAAGUCAUAGCAAACCAAAAAGCAAAAGAAGAGAAAGAGAAGAAAAAAGAUCGAGAUAUGAAAGAGAAACCAUCAGAUGGCGGACCCAUCAAGACAACAGCAGUGUUUCAAGUUCAGUCCCAGACAGUAAUGGAGCAUUUGGAAGUAAUGAGUACAGACGGCACAGGGGAAGGUCAGACCCAGGGUGGGAAGGACCUAACUGAGGUGCCUCUCUCUGAACUGAAGCCUCCGGAGGAUCACGAACUUGAAAGUGGGAAAGUGAUGGAGGGCAGGGUGGAGAAGAUGUGUUGUGGGUUCUUCUACAGGGAUGAUCAAAAAGGUGAGGAAGACAUUGCACAGAAGAGAGCAGCUCUCCUGGAGAAGAGGCUAAGGAGAGAGAAAGAGAUGCAGAUAAAGAAACGACUGCAGGAGCAAGAGAUGGAGCAGAAGAAAGAAAUAUCAAGACUGAAAGCAGAAGAGGAUCGUCAGAAGAAAGAAGAGGAGAAGGCAAGACGGGAGUUCAUCAAAAAUGAAUAUUUGAGGAGGAGGCAGCUCAAAUUGAUGGAGGACAUGGAUACAGUCAUUAAACCCCAUCCCCCAAGCAUCAAACAGAAGAAGCCCCGUCCCAAGUCCGUGCACAGAGACAUCAUGGAGUCUCCUAAGCCACCUGCUCAGACAUACACAGGGUCACGACCCCGGGGAUACUCUGUCUCCAGUAUAUCACUUGCCUCCCUUAACUUGGCAGACAAUGAGAUUGUCCAAACAGACAAGAGGAUGUCCAGGCGCAGUAAAUUUUCUCCAGGAAAUCUGUGUUUCUUUUUGAGCUCUGCAAAAGGGGCAAAGGCCAGACCAGAGACUGCAGAAGGUCAGUUGUCACUCUGUCCAUCAGUAAAUCGGAAUGGGGAGAACUGGGAAAAUGAAUCUACCACAUCAUCGGCAGCAUCUAACACAGAAUACACAGGACCAAAGCUUUACAAGGAGCCCAGUGCCAAGUCUAAUAAGUACAUCAUCCAGAAUGCAUUGGCUCACUGCUGCUUGGCAGGCAAAGUCAACGAGGGACAGAAGACCAAGAUACUAGAGGAAAUGGAGAAGACAGAGUCUAACAACUUCCUAAUCCUGUUCCGAGAUUCAGGGUGCCAGUUCCGUGCACUCUACACAUACUGCCCAGAGACAGAGGAGAUAAGCAAGCUGGCAGGCAUUGGCCCCAAGACCAUCAUGUCCAGGAUGAUUGAGAACCUUUACAAGUACAGCUCAGACAAGAAGCAGUUCUGCCACAUCCCAGCCAAGACCAUGUCAGCCAGCAUCGAUGCCAUUACCAUCUACAGCCACCUUUGGCAGACCAAGAAGCAGAGCACACCCAAAAAACUGCUUAAGUAAAGCAAGUGGAACACAAGGAGACAUGCACUAAACACCUCACUGGCAUUCUGUUCAGGAUUUCAGAGACUUUACAUUAUCAGUGUUUAGCUUUUGCUUCUGACAGUGAAAAGAAUGACUACAUUUCACAACAAUAUUACACACAGCCUGAAUGUAAAUAUUGAAUAUGUGCAAGCAUGUGGCGUGUAUGUGUGUGUGUGUGCGCCAAAGCCGUGAGUUACAUAGUCUUGCUUUUUACAUUUUCUCUUACUAACACUAAACUUGGUUGAGUGUGUGCAGUGAUGUAUUAUCAUAAUGAGAGACAGAUGGGUGUUACAAUUAACAUUUAAAGAUGGUAACAUAUUUAUGAUAUCAUUGACAUCAUUUUGUUUACUGGAACCUAAGCACCUGACUCUGAAUUCACUGUCUGAUUUAUUUAUAUUUUGGUAAUUAUCUCAAAGUUGGUGCAAAAUAGCUUCUACCAGGUAUGAGUAGUGUGUUUGUAUAUAAUUGCCUUUAUUUUCAUCUGAAUGCAGAUAUUAUUUAGCUUGUACACAUCAUUGUGAGGCCUUUUCUCAAUUUAUGCUGCUAAACCAUAGCACAUCAUUCACACAAACUAUAUAAUGACUGUAACAAUCUCUAGUGUAACAGUAUAAGUUCAUGUAUUGUGGUGCUUAAAAGUUUUUGAACCCUUUAGAAUUUUUUACAUUUUAUUAUCAAGUCAUAAAAGUAGAUAAAGAGAACCCAAUUAAACAAAUGAGACAAAAAUAUUAUACUGGGUCAUUUAUUUAUUGAGGAAAUUAUCCAAUAUUACAUAUCUGUGAGUGACAAAAAUAUGUGAACCUUUGCUUUCAGCAUUUGGUGCAACUGCCUUGCACAGCAAUAACGGCAACUAAAUGUUUCCGGUAACUGUUGAUCAGUCCUGCACGUCAGCUUGGAGGAAUUUUAGCCCAUUCCUCAUUACAGAACAGUUUCAACUCUGGGAUACUGGUGGGUUUCUUCAAAUGUAUUGCCUGCUUCAGGUCCUUCCACAACAUUUCACAUCCUUUCUCCAACAUAACACUUCUUAUUUAAACCAAAAAGGUGUAUUUUGGUCUUAUCUGUCCACAAAACAUUUUUCCAAUAUCCUGGCUUGUCCAUAUGAUUGUUAGCAAACUGCAGAUGGGCAGCAAUGUUCUUUUUGGAGAGCAGUGGCUUUCUCCUUUCAACCCUGCCAUGCACACCAUUUGUUGUUCAGUGUUCUCCUGAUGGUGGCCUCAUGAACAUUAAGAUUAGCCAAUGUGAUAGAGGCCUUUAGUAGCUUAGAAGUUACCCUGGGUUCCUUUGUGACCUUGUGGACUAUUACGCAGCUUGCUCUUGGAAUAAAUUCACCUUGAAAUUAACUGCUAAUCCUAGAGGGUCACAUACAGUACUUUUGCCACUCACAUAUUUGUAUUAUUGGACCAUUUUACUCAAUAAAUAAAAGACCAAGUAUAAUAUUUUUGUAUAAUUUUUUUAAUUGGGACCUCUUUGUCUACUUUUAGGACAUGAAAAUCUGAUGCAGUUUUAGGUCAUAUAUAUACGCAGAUAUAUUGAAAAUUCUAAAGGGUUCACAAAUAUUCAAGCACCACUGUAAAAACAUGCUGGUAUCAUUUCUUUUACAGACACAGCUUGAGUACUUCUUGAAUUGACAAGUUACUAUUAAAAUCAAAAAAAUUUGAGUAUCGUAUGAUAAUGCUUCCGUACAAAUGCUGCCAAAAUAGAUGCAUUUAAAAAAAAAAAAGUCUAAACAACUUUACUUAUGUAUAAAGUUCUUUCCCAAGAGCUGUUGCAUUUUUACAAGCUUUGUAUCAAGCCUUACGUUUUUAUAUCUUCGGGUUCAAAAGAACUGAAAGAUGUUUUUAUUUUUCUCUAGCAGAAAUCAUUCAUCAAAUUUAUUAGAGCUGUACAUAUUAUAGUUUUGCAUAUUUAGCCUGUUUUUAAAGCCAUUGGAUAUUAAUAAUAUUUUUCUUAUUAACGAGAAAGUGCUUUAACUUUGGAAGGUAUUGUGGGGUAUUGUUGCCAAGGAGCAGUGAAUUUAUGGGUGUUUCUCAAUACAAGAUUGUAUAGACCUGUAUUUCUAGGAAGAAUGUUUUAGCAAAUUUCAAAUAAACUUGCACUGACACAGAGAACAAAACCACUUCACUAUGAGUGAGAGGUGCUCGAUACUUAAAGUUACCAGCUUCCAAACUAUUGCUAACUUAACUGGGUAUUGGAGUACUCAGUUCCCUACAAAGUUGAAAGUUCCAUCAUCACAAUGUUGCAUUUAAAUUCUUUUAUUAUUAUUAUUAAAUUUGUUCCUGGUGAUAAGACCCAAAUUAAUGCAUCUACAUCCUCAAUAUUUGGGGGGGAAUCUGUUAUUUUCACUGUUCAGUAUUUUUUACCAUUCUCACACUUACAUUCUUCUGAAGGAUGAAGUCAAAUAAGGAUGCAUAUUGAGAAAGACCCAUUAACAGCACGAAAAAAAAAAAUGCAUUGUACCGUUAUAAGUAUUAUUUUAUUUUUAAAUAGAAUGACAGCUCUGGUCUGUAUCUACUGUGGAAUAUUAUUUUGAUAUAGAAUUUAGUAUAGUUCCAGUCAUAGCCUAUGUAACAGAUGAAUGUUCAGUUUUCCUGUUCCUUCAUUCCUCAUUGGCGCAUGUGUUCAUAUUGUCCAUUUGUUGUAUGUCUGUUCUUUAUUGGAACACCUGCUAUCCUGUUUGGCUUUACAAAUACAGAUUUUCAUCCAACUA